UUGAAUGAUGUUUUCAAUUAUAACCAUGCUAAUGUAAUUCAUUGUUUCACAGCCGAAAAUGCAUUUUUAAAGCUUCACUGAGUCUCCAUUUCAGAAAUCAGGUUUAAUCAGUCAUGUACAUUGAACACAUGCACUGGAACGUCCUCUAAAGAGAUUGACAAAGUUGCCCGGGAUCUGUGCUCGCUACGGCUCUUAAAAGGGACAUAACCCCCCUCCCCUCCAUGGCAGGUUUCUAUUGUGGAGGGAAAGUGUUCAUCUGAGAUAUGAAAGGCCUGUACCUUUAAGAGGGCUGUCCCCCCUUUUCCUCAUGCUCCCCCCCCAACCACACAGAGUAGACACUCCUCCUGCGAGCAUUUGUGAAGCAGCUCCUGUCCCUUACGUCUCUUUGUGGGGAAACAGAGGGCACACUUUCUAGAGCAUAACUGGAGACAGAGACACAGAGUUCCAGGCAGGACGCCCAGGGUUCCAGCCUACAGCCACYCCUGGCCCAGCCCUGCAGGGGACAGCUCCCCCAGAGCACCUUGGCCAAGAGGUCCACGAAAGGAGAAGAGAUGCUAAUCAACUGGACCGUCCCAGAAAGUGAGAUGAUAUGAAUGAUAUGAAUCCAACUGAUAAAUGCUGGAUCUGAACCCUAAGUGAGAGGUGUAUUGAGUGUGUUGUGUAAAGUAACCAUUUUCUCUUGAAAAGUUAGACUGAAGCAUCGAAGUAUCCAGGUUACAAGGAUAAAGGCUCAUCGAAAGAAAACAAGAGAAAGGACACUUCAGCUGAGAAUUUAUGCAUUUUCAAGUAUUAUUUUUUUUACAUCUUGAAUUGCCCCAUUUGUAUUCUCAAUUCACCACCCAGCGUUUAWCUUAUUUUUUCAGCUGUCUGUAAAGCAGUAUGAAAGACUCUAUUGAAAGCACUUUCUGCGAGCCGGAUAAUAUUCAUGUCUGAAGCCUUGAAACUUUCGCAGACGUCUACAGAAAAAAGAAACCUAUAACGAGAAUAAGAAAACAAUGCUGUGCUGGAUCCCAUAUGAGUAAGAGUCUCUGACUGGACUUUUAUGAUUGKAGAAGAUACAGGAGUGAAGACAUGUAUUCCGGCUGUGGAGUUGGAGGGGCCAGCCUUCAAAGCCAGUAUCAGGGCAGGGACUCUGUCAGACCAUACACCGGACCUGGAGGGAAUGCACAAGCCCCAAUGGAAACCGGUGUGACCCCAGCUAGGUGCCCAGUAUAUCAGGUUCAGCCUUACAGUGGGCAGCCCUCCUGCACUGUCAACAGUGUUUCCAACACACAGCCCACCCCGGUGCCUACACCUCUACCUCCACCUCCCGCUGCACUCAAACCRGGCCAGGGUGGGUUCAAGAAGGUGUGUCGCACAGAGGAGGACUGCCCGUGCCCCUUCCCAGGAUUGGCCUCAGGAGUGCUGGAGAUGCGUGUCAAGGAGGGCAGUAAGAUCCGUAAYCUCAUGGGUUUCGCCAUGGCUCGCAUGCAGGGGGAUGUCAGUGGUGUUGGGGUUAGUGGAGGCGGUGGCCUGAGGCAGGUUGUUUUCUCUGGGUCAGGUCGUGCCGUCACCAAGACCAUCACAUGCGCUGAGAUCAUGAAGAGAAAAGUGGGGUCUCUGCACCAGCUGACCAAGCUGCGCUACAAGGGUGUGAGGGAGGUGUGGGARAGCCACGAAGGGGGGGCAUCGGAGAUGACUGUUCACAGGACCGUCCCCUCCAUCAGCAUCCUUUUGUCCAAAGACCCCCUGGACCCCCAGGAGCCCGGCUACCAGCCCCCUGAGACUCUCAGUGCUCUCUGGGAGGACAGAGACAGUGUGGAUGCCCCACAGACAGCCAGCAAGAGACCUCUUGGUCUGUCCCCAUACAGCAGUUUCCCUGAAUCUAAGAGAGUGUGUCUGGGUCUGGAUGACGGGACUCUGGCUCUGUCCACCCCCCUGGCUAACUGACUGACUGAACUGGUAUCAAACAGUUGAGUGGGAAGGAUCAUAGGAGUUCAUUCUGCACUGCCCUCCACUGAAGCACAGUGCUGAAACAAUCAGAACAUUCACUCAGACAGAACCGUGCUUUCUGAGGAGAACUGAGCACCCUGCCCACCCCAUCCUCCAGAGGUCAGUCAAAAUAGGACCUGAAAGCUUGUCUCUGUAGAUACAGCAUUUAUUGAACCCAUUUCUCAGCACAAUCAAUCGUUCGCCUUUGUGCCCAGAGAUACUUAAUAUCAUCAUACUAUAUGUCACACUGUAAGAGCUUAGACAUGACAGCACACGUAUCUUAUUUUAAAACAUCAACACAACACAGAGUGACCAAUCACCCAAGAUCCCAGAUUUCUGCWUUCAGUAGACUGACAAUACCUUUUGAACAUUGUAGUUCUGUUUUCCUAAUUAUAUCCUACAACUGCAAAUCUGUUCAAAUGCAUAUUGUAAUGAAUACACAGAAUAUCYACACUCCCCUACGUAUUUAUUUGGACAGGGAAGCUAAAAUGUUUAAUUUUGCUCUAUACGCCAGCAUUUUGGAUUUGAGAUCAAACGUUUCAUAUGAUGUGACAGUAGAGAAUGUCACCUUUUAUUUGAGGGUAUUUUCAUGCAUAUCUGUUUACCUGUUUAGAAAUUAAAGUACUUUAUGUAUCUAGUCCCCCAUUUGAAGGUGUCAUAAGUGUUUUAACAAAGGCACUUAUAGUGUUUAAAAUGUAGACWAUUAUUACACUAUGRGUGAAUUUGUCCAAAUACUUAUGGCACCUUCAAAUGGGGGGACGAUAUACAUAARGCGCAUUCAUUUCUAAACUAUCCAUAAUAUGGCAAAUGUCUCAUGUUUUCAAAUAUYCAAACAUUCAAAUAAACUAUAUGCAGGAAAAGCCUUUUUGUGUAUUCUUAUCCCUCAGCCUUGCCUAUAGUACUGUACAAAGUCCUGAUUGAAAAGGAAAUCACAGCGUGCUGAUGUGUUGAUAAGAGUAACGGGAGUGAAAUUUGUCUAAGAGACAGCUGAUUUAAUGGCAUGGCCCCUGAUAAGACGCAACUCCAGAACCAAGCAGCCUGACAGAUGCUGGGSGCUGAAAUACAGGGACAGAUUAUCGUUAAGAUUACAACACUACAUUGCAACACACUAGAGAAAAGGAUCAAAACUAAAGUUGAUAUAAAUUCACAUAGUCAGUGUCCCUCCAGAAUAUGAAACCAUAGCAGCAGACUCAACUCCAUACCAUAACUACAGUGCUAGGGUUCAAGUAGAGCAGUGGUUCCCAAACUUUUUAUAGUCCCGUACCGUUUCAAACAUUCAACC